GCCAGACAGUCGAGCGUCGUCGGUGCCGUUUCUACUGCCACCGCCACUCGAUCCACUGCUGAGACUAUUCGCUGACCGUCCAAGUCGAGUCUCGUCUACCACACGGGUCCAAGCCUAUCCUUACCUGUCUUGUGUCCGCGUACGUAUAGCACACGCAACAGUUCAUAUAACAAUAACAUUAUUAAUAUAUUCACAUACGAUUCGAGAGUACCGAACGGACCGCGAACGGACUUAGUAGUCCGAUCUUCCGCGACCGUCGCAGAUCGCGCGGAGGACAUGGACAAGGGAGGAGAAUCGGAUAAGACGUCCGGGGCCGCCGGAGUUCGCGCGGUGGACGAACGUAAACCACCGGCCGCGGACAAGAGCGGUGGUGCAUCCGACAAGCCGGCCACGGUCAAAAGCGGUAGUGGCACAUCCGACAGGCCGUCCGCGACCGCUGUUGAGCGGACGGUGGAAAAACGAGGGACAACCGGAGACGGUGGACCGGAAGUGAAAGACAAAAACGGAAACAGUUCGGACAUGCCGCCCGAUGAGGUGGACGACGGAGUGGUCAGCGAAGGGCGAAACAAAAUUUUCCGGCUGGAAGGUGCGGUCUAUUCAAUCGGUGCAGGUUGGUGAACACUUUAAUUUUACAUGAUUUUCAACAUAUAUUAUAUUAUGACAACAAAAUCUGCGAAUAGUAAGUAAUAUGGUAUUUCAACAGGCUCACU